AUCUGUACUAACUUCGUAGUGAUCAUCAUCCUCAGUAAUUGGCUAGCUCAUGUUGGAUAGUCUAUAUAUACGGUAUACCGUAUAUUCGUUUACUUUCUUCCCAAUUUCAUGCUAGUGGACUCUAUAUAUCCAAACUGGUUUUCGUUUGGUUAUUUGCUCAAAUAUCUGAUAUGGGAUGUGCAUGGAGUGAACCAGCUAAAGUUCAGCAGGAUAAGAGUAGGGCUAUAGAGAAGCAAAUAAGACACGAUGCAGAAAAAUCAAUGAAAGAGGUCAAGUUACUUCUUCUUGGUGCUGGUGAGUGUGGGAAGUCGACAGUUUUAAAACAGAUGAAAAUAAUCCAUGGUGAAGGUUACAGAGAAGAAGAGAGAAAAGAGUACAAACCCAUCAUUUUCGCCAACACCCUUCAGUCGAUGAUAAAAAUUCUAAAAGCAAUGGAGACACUGGAUAUAACGGCGGAUGGUUUCGACCAAGCAGAUGAGUUAAAGCACCUAAACGGAUAUUUACCUACAGUUGAAGAAGGAGAUUUUCCUGAGGAUUUAUCAAAACUUUUACUAAAACUAUGGAACAACACAAGUGUGCAGAAAUGUUUCGCACGUUCCAAGGAAUACCAACUGAAUGAUUCCGCAGGCUACUACCUCAGUUCUAUUGAUAGAAUAUCUGCUCCUGAUUACUUGCCAACUGAACAAGAUGUAUUGAGAUCUAGGGUGAAGACAACAGGUAUAGUCGAAACGAACUUCCGGUUCAAGGAUCUAGACUUUAAGGUUUUCGAUGUCGGUGGACAACGUGCUGAACGUAAAAAAUGGUUACAUUGUUUUGAAGGUGUUACCGCUAUAUUAUUUAUAGUUGCUAUGUCAGAAUAUGAUUUAAAAUUAGCUGAAGAUCAAACUACUAAUAGAAUGCAUGAAUCCUUACAAUUAUUUGAUUCAAUAUGUAAUAGUCAAUGGUUUGUUGAAACAAGUAUAAUUCUAUUUUUAAAUAAAAAAGAUUUAUUUAAUGAAAAAAUACAAAAAUCUCCAUUAACAAUAUGUUUCCCUGAAUAUACCGGAGAACAAAUUUAUGAAGAAGCAUCAAAUUAUAUAAGAGAAAAAUUUGAAGAUGUUAAUCGUAGAAAAACAACUAAAACAAUUUAUACACAUUUUACAUGUGCUACUGAUAAUAAUAAUAUACGUGUUGUAUUUGAUGCUGUAAUUGAUGUCAUUAUUAAAUCUAAUUUAAAAGAUUGUGGUCUAUUUUAAUAAUUCAUUAUACUACUGAUUAAUAAAAUUGAAAUCAGUAGUGUAUACAAUUUAGUUUUAAAUAGUUCAUGAAAUAUUGAAUAAUGAAUUCAAUAAAACAUCACCACCAUCACCACAACAACAACAACCGCCACCACCGCCACCACCACCACCAUCACUAUCACUACCAACAACAUACACACACACACACACGGAUGCACACCUACACAUAUGCAAUGUAUACAUAUCAAAAUAGAAUCGAUUUAAACACGUGUAUGUGUGUGUAUGGGGAGGGAGAACAUACACAAAAUGUUUUUCUUUUUUUUUGUUUGUUUUUUUUUAAAAGAGAAAAAAAACACAAACAAAGAUUGUUCAUUUGUAUUUAUAAAGCAGGGGGGAAAAAGAUGCCAAUUUGGCUAAUUCAUUUAAUCAUUUUCUUUUUUCUUUUCUUUCCUUUCUUUCUUUUCUUUACGUUACCUUAGCUUGACUCUUAAUCUCUUUGGCAAACUUUUUUCUUUUCUUUUCUUGUUAUUAUUAAGAUUUUAUAAUG